ACAAACUGACUCAGCAACUGAAUAAUGUCCGGGGAUGCCAAGAUCAUAAUGUGCAAAGCAGCUGUUGCUUGGAGUCCGAACCAACCGUUGUCUGUUGAAACUGUGGAGGUUUCUCCUCCCAAAGCUGGCGAAGUUCGCAUAAAAAUAUAUUCCACUGGAGUAUGUCAUACGGAUGCAUACACCCUCGGUGGUCUUGAUCCAGAGGGCAUAUUUCCGGUUAUUUUGGGACAUGAGGGAGCUGGUGUUGUUGAGAGUGUUGGUCCUGAUGUUACCUCUGUCAUCCCAGGAGAUCAUGUGAUUCCACUUUACAUACCGCAGUGUGACACAUGCAAGUUUUGUCUGAGUGGGAAAACAAAUUUGUGUUCGAAGAUAAGCCAUGUCAGACCACGUGAUACACGUGUAAAAUCUGGAUAUUCUUCUGAAUACGACGCCCUGAAUGCCAUGCUGCGGCAAGCUAAAAACUCAGAUAUUGUGGUGGUUGCCGGAGAUAUGAAUGCUGUGACAGAUGAGGUGAAUGCACGAAUCUGCAAGGCUCGGGCCGCGUUUGCUAACUUGAGACACCUAUGGCGUCAGAAUGGUUUAUCCCUGAAUCUGAAGGGACGUGUGUAUCAAGCUACAGUACGGGCUGUUUUGUCGUAUGGCUGUGAGACUUGGCCUACUCGAGCAGCGGACCUGGGACGUCUUCAGGUGUUCGACAAUCGUUGUCUCAGAACCAUAGCUGGUGUGGGUUGGUGUCGGCAAAUCCACAAGGAGGCAGUUAGGAAGCGAGUUUUCGGUUGUGCAACGGGUACUUCCAUUGAAGAAUGUGUCCAGCACCAGAAGCUGCUUUGGUCGGGACAUGUGUUGCGUAUGCCGAACCAUCGUUUGCCGAAGAGAGUGCUGUUUUCCAUGCCCAAUCCAGAGUGGUGUAAACAGAGAGGUGGCCAACCCAUGACCUGGCAGAGGAGUAUGAAGGAGAUGACGAAACGCUUGGGUGCUUUUGGUGCUACUCGCCUUCCAGGAUGGGGACCGCGUGAUCCUCACUGUGCCUGGUUGGAGACACUACAAGAUGUGGCUGCCAACCGAUGUCAGUGGCGUUCUUGUUGCCAGUUCGUAUCCAGACUGCCUGAGUGA